GGAAAAUACAUAAUUCAUAAAUCCGUAUUUUAACCUUUGGCAACAUAACGUUUAUUUCAAAAUGCGACAACAAACAUGAUUUCCAGAUCAAAAAAUUUUACAUAGUUCAAUAAAUAACAAUAUUUUUAUUACCGGCAUUAGCAAAAAUCAAUUUAGUAAUAAAUAAAUCAUAAAAAUUACAUACGUGGAAAAGGAUUAAGAAUAAAGUAAAUAACGUUGUAAACUUUAGUCAUGAUCAAAGUUUCUGUCACCAUGCGUCUCACACAUACAAAAAAUCUCUUUUUCCUACUUUGUCUUUUCGGCUCUUUAAUCAGUUUAACUAAAUCACAAUGGACGUUUCCGGAUGAUUUCAAGUUUGGCGUGGCCACGUCUGCGUACCAAAUCGAGGGUGGUUGGGAUGCCGAUGGUAAAGGAGUAAGCACAUGGGAUAGACUCACCCACAAUACUCCAGAAAUGAUACAAGAUAAAUCAAACGGAGAUAUUGCGUGUGAUUCGUAUCAUAAAUGGGAACGAGAUGUAGAAAUGGUGAAGGAGACGGGAGUGGACUAUUACCGAUUUUCCCUGUCAUGGACGAGAAUUUUUCCUCAGGGAUAUAUUAAUCUGGUUAACCAGCCCGGAGUCGAUUAUUACAAUAACCUGAUUAAUAAAUUGAUCGAGAAUGGAAUUGAGCCAGUCAUUACUUUGUACCAUUGGGAUUUGCCUCAAAUGUUUAGUCCUUUGGGGUCUUGGACAAGUCCUGUAAUGGUCGACCUGUUCGGAAAUUAUGCCAGAAAAGCCUUCCAACUCUUUGGUGAUCGAGUCAAGACUUGGAUUACUUUCAAUGAACCAAAAAUUGUUUGUCAGGACUUUCACGACUUUUUGGGAAAUGUCACAAGCCCAUAUCCCAAAGGAACCAUCGAGUACUUGUGCACCCAUAACUUGCUUAAAGCCCAUGCUGAAGCAUACCAUAUUUAUGAUAAAGAAUUUCGGCCAACCCAAAAUGGACGAAUAUCGAUAACCCUCAAUUUUGAAUGGGCUGAGCCUGCCAGUCAAAAGCCCGAAGAUAUCGAAGCAGCAGAACAAAGAAGACAAUUUGAAUUUGGUCUUUAUGCCAACCCAAUUAUAAACUUUGAUUAUCCCCAAAUUGUCAAAGAUCGAAUUGCUGAACGAAGUAAAAAAGAAGGUUAUCCUAAUUCGCGUCUGCCCCAAUUUACUUUGGCUGAAAAAUUAAAGCUAAAAGGAACUUAUGACUUUUUGGGAUUAAACCAUUACAGUACUUGGUACGUCGAAGCUGUCCCAGAUCAACCCAUUGGCACUCCCAGUUAUCCAGCUGAUAUGGGUACUGAGCGGUUCCAAGACCUGGCCUGGGAAGAAUCUGGUGCUGAAUGGAAUAAAGUUGUCCCAUGGGGUUUGAGACAUAUUUUACAAUGGAUAAAAAAGACAUACAGAAACCCUGUAGUUUUAAUUACAGAAUGUGGAUAUCCUGAUAGAAGUGGCACUGUUGAAGAUGAGCCAAGAAUCAAUUUUUUUAAAAAAUACUUAAACGCCACCCUUCAAGCAAUUUACGAAGACGGUGCUAAUGUUCAAGCAUUUAUGGCGUGGAGUUUAAUGGAUAAUUUUGAAUGGCAACAAGGAUAUCAAAUUAAAUUCGGAUUAUACAGUGUAGAUUUUAAUGAUCCUGACCGACCAAGGACAGCUAAAAAAUCCGUAGCUUAUCUGAGAAAUGUGGUAGAGACAAGGUCAAUCGACUAAAAUAAUUUGUCCAAGUGACACUGUAUUGCAACUUUUUAAAUAAAUAAUUGUUAUUUA